CAUAGCUCCCCCACAAUUACAAGCUUCUUUUCUCUCCAAUGAUCCAGUCCUUGUACAUCAGCAGCGGCAACCAAACCAAACUCACCAUUCCUUGUUUUCACCAUCUUCUUAUUGUUCUCUUCCCUUUUUGUAUUUAUCUAUGAUAUAAGCUCAGGACCACCUUCCUUUUUUUUAUCUUGCCUUUUAAGCACUCUUUCCUUUCUUCAUAUUCCGUCUUUCUACUUUCGCAUCUGCCUCUUCCUCUUUCUCUUCCCAACCCCCCCCCUCCACCCUCUCAUUCCAAUUCCGAGCUCCAUCUCCAUUGCCAAGGAGCAUGCCUGAAUGUCCACAGAAAGGGAGAGAUUUGACGAGGUUGGCAAGAAGAUCAAGAGAGAAACUGAUGUCACCACCGAUCGGAUGGGAAGGCGACUAGGCCCAGUGGGAACCCUAAAUACCAUAACCCCUUGUGCCGCUUGCAAGCUCUUGAGGCGGCGGUGUGCUCAAGAGUGUCCCUUCUCUCCUUAUUUCCCACCUCAUGAGCCCCAAAAGUUUGCGUCAGUGCAUAAGGUCUUCGGUGCAAGCAACGUCUCCAAGAUGCUAUUGGAGGUUCCUGAGGCCCAGAGAGCUGAUGCUGCCAAUAGCCUUGUCUACGAGGCGAACAUGAGGCUAAGAGACCCAGUGUAUGGAUGCAUGGGGGCAGUUUCAGACUUGCAGCAACAAGUUCAGGCCUUAGAGGUGGAGCUUCAAGUGGUAAGAGCUGAGAUCUUGAAGCAUAAGAGUAGGCAAGCUAGUGUUCGUGUCCUCCCAACAUCUCAUGCUGCUUUGCUUGCACACUCUGUCGAUGUGCCGGUCGCUGCACCACCACCAAUCCCAACUCCACCUCCUCGUCCGGCUUCUUCUGCUUCUUCCUCUUCCAUUUACACCACCCCUCCUUUCGAUCUCCUCGGCUGACUACAGCUCCAUCAACCCAAAUGAAAAUGUCACAUUCUUUGGCUGAGAAGCUUUCAAAAAAUUUUGUAAGUCAUGAACAAAGUGGAAUAAAGGAGGAAAGCAAUAUUGGU